AUGGAGUACUACGUGGACCUCGAAUUGAUUUGUGGUGUACUCCACAACCUGGCAUUUAAACACUGGAACCAGUUUGAGCAAUCACAGGAUCUGGAAGAGCUUGACUUGUCUAUUUUCUAUGGCCGCAUUUCACUUGGACUUUGUCCUGCAGGAUAUCAGGGUCACUUUGACAUAUUGAUUAAACUUGGAGGGUUUCUUCACAUACGAUUCGAGCAAUAUGGGAGAAUAGAGGAUCUAGAGGAUGCUAUAGUGCAUUGGCAUGCUGCCCUGCAGCUUUUCCCCGAUGACCAUCCCAAUCGCUCCACGUUUCUGAGUAUCCUUGCGAUUUCCCUUCAAGCUAAAUUUCAACGGAAUGGACAGACUGUAGACCUCGACAAGGCAAUUGAACACCAUCGUUCUGCCCUGCAACUUCGACCUUACAACCAUCCCGAUCGCUCUGUGUCUCUAGAUAGCCUUGCCACUUCCCUUCAAAGUCGAUUUGAGCAGCAUGGACGGACUGUGGACCUCAAUGAGGCCAUUGAACAUUAUCGCGCUGCCCUGCAACUUCGACCCGACAGCCAUCCCGGUCGCUCUGCGUCUCUGAAUAACCUUGCGAAUUCCCUUCAAGCUCGGUUUAAUCAUCAUGGACGGACUGCAGACCUUGACGAGGCCAUUGAGCUGAAUCAUGCUGCCUUGCAACUCUUCCCCGAUGACCAUCCCGAUCGCUCUAAAAGUCUGAAUAACCUUGCAAAUUCUCUUACAAGUCGAUUUGAGCGGUAUGGACAGACUGUGGAUCUCAAUGAGGCCAUUGAGCUAAGUCAUGCUGCUCUGCAACUUUGCCCCGAAGGCCAUCCCACUCACUCUAUGCUUCUGGACAACCUUGCAAUUUCCCUUCAAACUCGAUUUGGACGGCUUGGACAGACCACAGACCUUGACAGGGCUAUUGAGAAUCAUCAUGCUGCCCUGCAACUUCGACCCAAUGACCAUCCCAAGCGCUCUGCAUCCCUGAGUGGUCUUGCCAGUUGUCUUCAAACUCGAUUUGAACGAUAUGGACAGACGGUGGACCUCAAUGAGGCCAUUGAACAUUAUCGUGCUGCCCUGCAACUUCAACCCAACAAGCAUCCCGAUCACUCCGUGCCUCUAAAUGGCCUUGCCACUUGCCUUCAAACUCGAUUUCGACAGUAUGGACAGGCCACAGACCUUGAUGAGACCAUUGAGCUGGAUCGUGCUGCCGUGCGACUUUGCCCUGACGGUCAUCCCAAUCGCUCUGUGUCUUUGAAUGGCCUUGCCUCUUCCCUUCAAACUCGAUUUCAACAGUCCGGACAGACUGCAGAUCUCGAUGAGGCCAUUGAGCUGAAUCGUGUCGCCCUGCAACUUCGACUCGACGGCAAUCAUGUUCAUGAUUCGUUUCUGAAUAACCUUGCGGAUUCCCUUCGAACUCGAUUCAAACAGUAUGGACAGGCUGCAGAUCUCGACGAGGCCAUUGAACAUCAUCGUGCUGCCCUGCAACUUCGACCUGACGGCCACCCUAAUCGUUGCUCGUCUCUGAAUAACCUUGCGUUUUGCCUUCAAAUUCGAUUCGAAAAAGAUAGACAGACUGCAGAUCUCAGCGAGGCCAUUGAACAUCAUCGUGCUGCCCUGCAACUUCGACCUGACGGCCAUCCUAAUCGCUUCAGUGCUCUGACUAAUCUUGCCUCUUCCCUUCAAAUUCGAUUUCACGAGCAUCAACAGCCUGUGGAUCUCGAUGAGGCCAUUGAACAUAGUCGUGCUGUCCUGCAGCUUCUCCCUGACAGCCAUCCCAAUCGCUCCGAGUCUCUGAGUAACCUUGCACAUUGCCUUAAAGCUCGAUUUGAACGGUGUGGACAGACUACAGACCUCGAUAAGGCCAUCGAGCUGAAUCGUGCUGCCUUGCAACGUCAUCCCGAGAGCCAUCCCGAGGGUUCCACAUUCCUGAGCAACUUGGCUUUUACAUUGCUCUCCCGGUUUGAGAAAUUCGGGCUCAUCGACAAUUUUGAGGAAUGUAUACAAUUGUUGGAACGUGCUACUAAACAUGAAUCCUCCAGCUUGGUUAACCGACUCGCCGCCGCAAGUAGAUGGACGGAUGUCGCUCGAAGUCACGCUCACCAUACUGCAUCUAGAGCUUACAGGGCAGCAAUGCUACUUCUCCAACGUGCCCUAAUUGUAAGUCCUACUCUUCAUGCACAACAUGACUUCCUCGGAGAGAAAGGCGAGUACCAAAUGCUCGCAUUAGAUGCAGCGGCCUAUGCUAUAGAAGGGAAGAGACUGGAGGAGGCAAUUGAGAUACUUGAGCAGGGAAGAGGUUUACUCUGGUCACAGAUGCGUGGUUUUAGGACACCUCUAGAUCGCCUUGCAGGAACAAAUAGAGGGCUCGCAGACAGGUUCAGGGAUGUCAGUCGGCAGCUGGAGAACCUUGUAACAUCUAAAGCGUCGCAGCUUGAUUCGAGCGCAACCGGAAGCGAGGCAUCAUCAUUGGACGCGAAUAGAGAACGGAUUUUGUUCGAGGAGAGGUUGAAGAGGAAGAGGAAGCUCUCUGGCGAACAGGAAGAGCUUAUCAAUGAGAUACGUCGAAUCCCUGGUUUCGAGGAUUUUCUUACAACUACGCCAUUUAAAGUACUUCAGGAGGCAGCUUCAGAGGGUCCGGUGAUUGUAGUCAACCUUAGUCAAUAUCGAUCUGACGCACUCAUUGUCCUCUCCCGAGAAGACUUACCGGUUGUCUGUGUACCAUUAGAUGGAGAAUUCUACGAAGACAGCAUCGAUUUGUGCAACGAGCUCUUGAGAACACGAAGACGUUUUAAAGUUUUCUCAUUGGAAUAUGACGAGGUGCUUCGCCGAGUAAUGAAGAUGUUAUGGGAUAGGGUCGUCUCCAAAGUCGUCAAGAAACUUGACGAGCUGAGGAUUCCCAAGGGGGCGCGGAUUUGGUGGUGCCCUACGUAUGCGCUUUCUGCUCUUCCCUUCCAUGCAGCAGGGCCAUUCGAGGAUGCGGAUGGCACUGUGAAGUAUUUAUUGAACGACUACGUGUCAUCGUAUACUCCGGCGCUUGGGGCUCUCAUCAGUGCUCGUCCGAAAGAAAACGAGGGUGACCCUGCAAUGCUUAUCGUUGGCGACACCGUAUCUCUUAGCUCGACUGAAAAGGAGAUUCGUGCCGUACGGAAUCAUACUCGGAGCUACAUUUCGUCUCCCACAAUAUUUCUGAAUGAGAGAGCGUGUCGCGACAAGGUAAUUAAACGCCUCCAGAAAGUCACAUGGAUCCAUUUUGCUUGCCAUGGCCAUUUGGGGUCACUUGACGCUUCUUUCCAGCUCUCUGACGGGGGCUUGACAUUGCUCGAUAUUAUCCGAGCUGACCUUCCGAACGCCGAGUUUGCAUUCCUCUCUGCUUGUCACACUGCGGAAAGGGGUGACGCAACUGAAGAAGACCUCCACUUAUCCGCUGCCGUACAAUUCUGUGGUUUUCGAAGCGUGAUCGGGACAAUGUGGGAAAUGUACGAUGCGGAUGGUCCUCUGCUCGCGAAAGAGGUUUAUUCAUACAUGGGAGAGUAUGAAGAUGGUGAGGUGAUACAUAAGCGAUCUGCAGCCGCGCUUCGCAAAGCUGUUUUGAAAUUACGGGAGGAUGGUGUCACGACUGAGCGAUGGGUUAACUUGAUACACAUUGGUGCUUGA